GAAGAGUACACCGGCCAGAAGCAUUUAGCUCCUCCAGUAAGAUGGUCAUGAUGGGCACCAACUUCUGCUUGCUCUCUUCCGUGGACACGAAGCUGCUCUCCAGCUGGAAGAAGCAGGAACAACAUGACUACAGCCACUGACCUGGCUGAUCAUGACCCUGUCUGUGGAAACCGAGUCGCACAUCUAUCAUGCUCUGCGCACUGCCUCUGGGGCUGCCGCCCACCUCGUGGCCCUGGGUUUUACUAUCUUCGUGGCUGUACUUGCCAGGCCUGGCUCCAGCCUGUUCUCCUGGCACCCUGUGCUUAUGUCUCUGGCUUUCUCCUUCCUCAUGACCGAGGCCUUGCUGGUGUUCUCCCCUGAGAGCUCACUGCUGCGCUCCUUCUCACGGAAGGCUCGGGCCCGCUGUCACUGGGCCCUGCAGCUGCUGGCCCUGCUGUGUGCGCUGCUGGGCCUGAGCCUGGUCAUCCUCCACAAGGAGCAGCUUGGCAAGGCCCACCUGGCCACACGGCAUGGGCAGGCGGGGCUGCUGGCUGUGCUCUGGGCGGGGCUGCAGUGCUCGGGCGGCGUGGGGCUACUGUACCCCAAACUGCUGCCCCGGUGGCCCUUGGCUAAGCUCAAGUUGUACCAUGCCACAUCUGGGCUGGUGGGCUACCUGCUGGGCAGUGCCAGCCUCCUGCUGGGCAUGUGCUCACUCUGGUUCACAGCCACUGUCACUGGGGUCGCCUGGUACCUGGCUGUGCUAUGCCCUAUCCUUACCAGCUUGGUCAUCAUGAACCAGGUGAGCAAUGCGUACCUGUACCGCAAGAGGAUCCAGCCAUGAACCCUUCACAGCUCAUGCGAUGUCUGGACUUGCCUCUCGAUGGAGAAGAUGGGGCUGGGACCCUCUUGGACACUCAGCUGACUGAGUUGGGGACACUUCAGGCCCUGGUGUAGUCUUGGGUCAAAGACCCAUGUGUGACACUUUUGCUACUCAGGCCAAGUGCUUCCUUUCUCUGCUCAGCGAUCCCAAGGAGCACACGGAUUGCAGUCUGGAUGAAGCUGGGGUUGCAGGAUGGCCUCCCUGACACUGCCAUGCACGUUUGUACUGGCACGUCCAGAAGUAGAAAAUGCUAAUAAAGUGAUGGAAAAAGA